AUGACGGACCAACCUGAAGUGGUGGCUUCUGCCGACCUCACACCUGAAUCGCCCAAGCCCACAAAACCUGUCAGCUUGUCCUCUCCAGUAGUCACCGCUCUCCAGGACCAAGCCGAUACCAUUACCACCAUGUCACUGUCACCUCCAAACCUUAACGGCAUCAGUGUCUCAACAGCCGUCGAGUUGCCCGAGGGUAACAGUGAGCAGCAAGGGUCUGCCGCUGCCAUUUCGACACCUGAGGCUGAGUUCGAAGGUUUCCAAAACAACGACGACGACAUCUUUAAUGAAUCCAAAGGCGACAACCAGAACAAUGACACGCAGGGAAGUCAGGUAGAAAGCGAAGCCGACGGGGAUGAUUACGUGAAGAACUUCGAUUCGCCUGCGGCUGCGGCAGUGGUUGGCGAUGACCAGCAAGAUAACGAGACAAGCAAUAGCAAUGAUACGUCUAACACAUUGAAGACACAUUCUGCCGUCGACGUUUCUGACAAUGCUCCCUCAUCAAAUGCCGCGCAGUCUCUCACAGAGCCAGUUCUCAAGGAGCCAGACGCCCCAAAGCCCCAGGAUCAGACUACGCCCACCGCAGAGAGCCACCAGGCUGUCUCGACCGAAGGUAUCUCGGAAGCGGUUCGUCCUACUGAUGGGCCUACAGAUGCCAUUGAUAUCCAAGCUCUGGUUGACAAGAUCACAGCCAGCGCAGCUGCAUCAGACUCUAGCCAAGCGCAUAUUGCUGUAGCAUCUGAAAAUGGGGUAAACACCAAUCUGCCCACCACUACCCAAUCAUCCACUCUGCCACCCCGACCUCCCACGUCGCAACAGUCGGCACCAGGAUAUGAAGAUCUCCGAAAAUACCAGCCUGGAGCCUCUCUUCCCAAUAUGCCAUCCAGUCUUUCCGUCGUACCACCUGGUCCUACUGCGCCGUUUCCUUAUGCCGCUGCUGGAACUGUGGCCUCUGAGCUACCUAGCAACCUUCCGCCGCAUCCCCCAGCUUUGAAUGCCAACCCUAUGAUGGUGAAUCAGAUGCCUCAAUUCAAUUACCCUAAUCAUGUUCCUGUCGCCGACAGCAGUCAGCAAUCCUUUGACACGCAGCAACGAUUUGAUACUUUCAUCCAGGAGGAGCGCAAGUAUGUCUCGGAAGCCAAGUGGGAUAGGUUCCCCGAAGGAUCACGGCUGUUCAUUGGUAACUUGUCUAGCGAGCGGGUGUCUAAAAGAGAGGUGUUUGACAUCUUCUCCAAAUUCGGCCGGCUUGCACAGAUUUCCCUCAAGGCUGCCUAUGGCUUUGUCCAAUACCACGACGUUUUAGAAGGCCAAGCCGCGAUGGACAAUGCACAAGGCAUGGAGGUUAAGGGUCGCAAGAUUCACCUAGAGUUCUCUCGCCCCCAGAAGAAGGAAAAUGACGGCAAUCGAAACCGCGGCAACCGAGGAAGGGAUGCUGUGCAGCACAACGACCGCGAGCGCUAUGAUGGCCGCCGCAGGGAUGAUUACCGAGCACGUUCGCCUUCGCCACGUGGCCAUCACCAACGACAGGGCUCAUACGGACGAGAUCGUGGAGGCCAUUGGCAGCAACCCUAUGACCGGCAUAGAGGGGGUGGUCGCUCUCGAUCUCCACCUCAAUAUAGUGGGGAAUACAGACGCCGCAGUCCUGAGCCCUACUACCGCGGUCCACCGAUGUCUGAGGCAGAUCUUGACAUCCCACGCCGGUACCCUGGCGCAGUGCCAGACGUGCAACUUCUUCUCCUACAAGAGGUUGCCCGAGAUUUCGUGGACUGGGUCCAGCGCCAGUUUGUCGACCGUGGCCACAAGGUCGAUGUCAUGUUCCUCAACCCCCGGUUCCCUCGCGAGUUGGUCAUUCAACGACAGAUUGUUGAAGGCGUCCAUGCCGUGUCAGAGCUUGAUUAUAGAACGCAGCAAGCGGGAAAGAUUCCCCUUCAAGUUUUCGACCGAUCUGCUGGACAGCAUAACGCGAGAUUCGACCAAUAUCAAGAUCUAGAUCCCAGCAUUGCCGCAGAGCUCGUAACCCGCGCGAAAAGUCAAGCUCAAUUUCAGCCACCGCCAACGUAUGGACAUGGCCAGUUUCCUCCACCCUCCUAUCAGCCUCCCAUACAGUCGCAUCAAACAUACCCCAGUCAACCUGCUCCGCAUAACGGGAUGCCAGGUGUGGGUAAUCUUGGUUCUAUAGACAACUCAGCCGUUCAGCAAGCUCGGUCAGUCUGGCAGGCACCUCCAUCAGCCCCGCCAAAUGUAAACCCCGAUGUGAACGCUAUACUGGCUAAUUUGGCAGCCAAUAGUGGCGCCGCACCUAGUGCUGGACCGCAAUAUUCUAGUUAUGCGCCAUAUUUCGCUCAAAACGGCGGACCGCAACCUCCCCCCGCUGAUGGCUCUAGUAACCCAGCAGAUGCCCAACACGUGCAGAACAUCAUGGCCCAACUUGCUAGAUACAAGUGA